AUGUCGUCCGCCGGCCCCACAACCACCUCUUCCAAUUGCACCAGCCCAAGGGUCGCCGCGGGGCCCACCACUACUCGACGGCGCGUCGCCGACAACAACAACAACAACAUCAUCGUCGACGCCGAGAAACAACAAGUAGUCUCCUCGAGCUUCUCCGAUUUCUCCGAGGUCGAACAGGACGACACCGCAACAAACCCCGUUCUGGGUGGGCCCCAUCAUCAUAACCACCACCACCACCACGCGCACCAUCACCACCUCCACGCUAUCACGCGCUAUCUCCUGCUCCGCUCCCGCAUACUCCACUGUGUGCCCGAGUCAUUCUUCCUCCGCGUGGAGCACCUCCUCCUCUGGCUCGCCGGUUCGGUUCAGUCGCUCCUGUCCGGGAAAAAAGUGGGCCGGAAGAUCUUCGCCUUCCUCAUGUUCAUAAUGGUGAUGUCGGUUUUCGUGAAGGUGUCUUUCAUCGGUGGUGGCGUUGAGAUGAAUGGAAAGAGCAUCGAAAAUGGCCACUUGAUUUUGCAGCGGUUCAAGGAAGAUUGGGCUUCGGCUCAGAGGGUCGUCACAGAAACCGGUUCAGAGACAUCAAUGCCCAAAAGGGUCCUCGAGAGAUUGGCUACUCCAGAAAUAUGGAUGAAACCAAAUAGUGACAGCUAUUACCAAUGCGUUACUCGACCCAGGAAUCGGAUAAGGACAAACUCAAAAACAAAUGGCUAUCUUCUUGUUCAUGCCAAUGGUGGAUUGAAUCAAAUGAGAACUGGGUUAUUGGCAAAAAUAAUGAAUGCCACUCUUGUCCUUCCUUCUCUUGACCAUGAUUCGUUUUGGACUGAUCCAAGGCACUUCAUGAAAUCUUUGAAAGACGACAUUGAGAUAGUUGAGUAUUUGCCAGUGCGGUAUGCUUCUGUGAAACCUCUUGUGAAAGCCCCUGUUUCCUGGUCAAAGGCUAGUUAUUAUAGAGGUGAGAUUCUUUCAUUGUUGAAGCGACAUAAAGUCGUACAAUUUACCCACACAGAUUCACGACUUGCCAACAAUGGCCUUGCUUCUUCUAUUCAGAAGCUAAGAUGCCGUGCCAAUUACCAAGCUCUCAAGUAUACCGCAGAGAUUGAGGAGCUUGGGAGGACUUUGGUCAAUAGGCUAAGAAACAAUAAUGAACCAUAUAUUGCCCUUCAUUUAAGAUACGAGAAAGACAUGCUAGCUUUUACCGGCUGCAGUCAUAAUCUCACUGCUGAGGAGGCUGAGGAACUAAGGGUUAUGAGGUAUGAAGUGAAGCACUGGAAGGAAAAAGAGAUUGAUAGUGUUGAAAGAAGAAUGCAAGGGGGGUGCCCUAUGUCACCUAGAGAGGCAGCAGUUUUUCUUAAGGCCAUGGGGUACCCUUCAACUACAACAAUCUACAUAGUUGCAGGGCCUAUCUAUGGUAGCAAUAGUAUGGCAGCCUUUCGCUCAGAGUACCCUAAUGUCUUUACUCAUUCCACCCUUGCAACUGAGGAGGAGCUAGAACCCUUCAAGCCUUAUCAAAAUCGUCUUGCUGCUUUGGAUUAUAUAGUGGCCUUGGAAAGUGAUGUCUUUGUCUAUACUUAUGAUGGAAACAUGGCCAAGGCAGUGCAGGGCCAUAGGAGAUUAAAUUUUGUUAGGCUGAUUGAUCAUAUGGAUGAGGGUUCCAUAUCUUGGGAAGCAUUUUCUUCUGAGGUUAAAAAUUUGCAUUCCGACAGGCUAGGUGGACCUUAUCUUAGACAGAUAGGAGAGUCACCAAGAACAGAGGAGAACUUUUUUGCUAAUCCCUUUCCUGGUUGUGUCUGUAACAAAACUCAGGAGCUAAUUGCAAGCCUGAAACCAGACCAUCGAUUUGGUGAUGGAUCACAAAGAUAG